UUUCAUUUUUGCAGCCAAUUGGCUACCUAACAAAAUCAACAAAAAGAAUCCAAACAAUAAAGUUUCCAUCACAGUCUUGCUCUCGCACAGCCACCGCCGGCACUAAUCCACGAUGUCCCUCGUAGCCGCAGCUCCGCCCUCCGGCGGCCCUAUCAUCGCCGAAGUCGAUAUGGGUGCCGAUUCCUCCGCUCCCGUCGUCAGAGCCACCGUCGUACAGGCGUCCACCGUCUUCUACGACACUCCCGCUACUCUCGAGAAGGCUGAAAGACUGCUAGCUGAGGCAGCUGGGUAUGGCUCUCAGCUGGUUGUGUUUCCAGAAGCGUUCGUCGGCGGCUACCCUAGGGGUUCCAAUUUCGGGGCUGCCAUUGGGAAUCGAACACCAAAGGGCAGGGAAGAGUUCCGAAAGUAUCAUGCUGCAGCCAUUGAUGUACCUGGCGUUGAUUCAGGUCCAGAAGUGGAUCGAUUGGCCGCCAUGGCUGGGAAGUACAAGGUGUUCUUGGUGAUGGGUGUGAUAGAGAGGGAUGGAUACACGCUCUACUGCUCGGUUCUGUUCUUCGAUGCGCAAGGUCAUUACUUGGGGAAGCAUAGGAAGAUGAUGCCAACUUCGGUGGAGCGAAUCAUCUGGGGGUUUGGAGAUGGAUCGACCAUUCCUGUUUUCGAUACCCCCGUGGGGAAGAUAGGUGCUGCCAUUUGCUGGGAAAACCGAAUGCCCCUCCUAAGGACUGCCAUGUACGGGAAAGGUAUUGAAAUCUACUGUGCACCAACCGCUGAUUCGAGGCCAACUUGGCCAGCAUCGAUGACUCACAUUGCUCUCGAGGGUGGAUGUUUCGUGUUGUCUGCAAACCAAUUCUGUCGGCGCAGAGAUUACCCUCCCGCUCCCGAGUAUGUGUUUGCAGAGAUAGAGGAAGAGCUUGGCCCUGAUUCUAUUGUGUGUGCAGGAGGCAGUCUCAUUAUAUCUCCAAUGGGGACUGUUUUAGCUGGACCUAAUUACGAAGGAGAGGCACUAAUAUCUGCUGAUUUAGAUCUUGGAGAAAUUGCAAGAGCAAAGUUUGAUUUUGAUGUGGUGGGGCAUUACGCAAGGCCUGAAGUUUUGAGCUUGACCGUGACGGACAAUCCAGUCAGUGCCGUUUCAUACACUGCAUCAUCAGCUGCUGUAAAAAUUGACAGCUCUCAGACGAAGAAAAAGUCUGUUCCCAGAUCAUCAGCUGUUUGAUUGGAUGGAGAAGGGAGCCAAGCUAUCUCACGUUUUGGCUGUCAAAUGUAUGAUAAAAAUUAGGGGACUUGCUUGUAUGUUAUUAGGUUCGUGUUGUACCAUGAAUCUGUUAUGAGAAACUUCUCUUGUCGAUUCAAUGUAGAGGACUGUUAAAGCUUAAAGUCAGCUGCUUUCGUAAUCUGUGUUAUGAGAGAGAAUCGAUCGAUUUUAUUUCACCAAAAAGUAAAUUACACUGUUCAGCUUUUACAAUAUAUAUUAGUUCUAUUCUAC